UCAUUUCUUUUGCUGUUUUUCAAUGACGUAAUCACAGGAUUUUAUCAUCAAAGAGGAAUCAAGUUAGAAAAAAAAACGCUUGGAUUUCUUACACAUAAGAUAUUUAUUUGUUUUGAAUAAAAGUGCGGUUUUUAUCUUUGGACAGCAACUUGUGUCAAUCGCUUCGUUUGAUGUCAUUUGAUAAAUUUUUAAACAUUUGCUGUAUAAAAUUAAAAAAUCAGUUCGAUUUUGACGAACAGCUUAUUUUGCUCACAUUGUCACAUUCAACAUAUGAACAUUAUGUAGCUAGACCAAAAAAAUUUGUGUAAAUACAUGCGCACCUAGAAUGUUGCUUUUUGUUAAAUAUAUUGAGUCAAAUCUAUUUUUUUAUUGUGUCAAGUCGUUUAUAUUACUGGAUGCUGAAUUCCAUGAUGUACUAUCAACUACUGGGUCUUGUUACUGAGAAGAGUGAACGUAUUUUUUAACGAAUGAAAAAAAGAAAAUAAUUAUUUGUAAAAUUACUUGCAAUACUACUUGUUCAUCAAUCCAAUUAAUUUUGUGCUCAUUUUGUACAUUGCAAAUUAAUGCUUUUUGCACAAACUCCUUCUUCAUUUCUAGCUUGAAAAAUGGCUUCACCACCUAAAAAAAAACUGAAGUUUGAGGCAAACGGAUCUCGUUUAAGUAAACUUUUGAUAAAUAAAGGAAAACAAGCCUUGACACAUACAUUGCAAUCUUUAUUAAAGCCAUCAAGUUUAGCUGGUAAACUUAAAGAUCCCUCUACAAAGAAGACACUAACAUCUUUGAAAUUUAAAGUCAUCAAGAAUGAGCAAUGGGAUCUUCUUUAUCCGUCUACUGGCUCACCUGACAUUGUAAACUUUGACAUCACUUUAUUAACUGUCUUAUUGCGUAACAUAUGUGGUCUAACAGCGCCACAUAGUGGAUGGGACAAUCUUCCUUCCUCUUCAGAUACUUCAAACUCAGCAAAUAUUGCAAGAAUAAAGUUUUAUCGAAACAAAGUGUAUGGUCACAUAACUACAACUAGUGUAAAUGACAGUGACUUUCAGCAUUUGUGGCAGGAAAUUUCAAAAGCAUUGGUUGGUUUGGGUAUUCAACAAACUGAAAUAGAUGAAUUAAAGAAAGCUCCCCUCAGUGCCGAUGAGGCAAAUUAUAUUGAAAUGUUAAAAGAAUGGUAUGAAGAAGACCGAAAGUUAAUCGAUGUUGCUGAGAAAACCAACGAAAAUGUAAAAGAAUUAAUAAAAAACGUUGAAGCUAUGAACAAUAAAUUAGAAAAAAUCGAAGAAAGCAUGCCAAAAAAAGUUGAAGUAGAAAUUAAACAAGAUAUGGCAACAAACGCUGAUGUAACCAGACAGAGAGAAAUGAAACAGGACAAAAUAUGUUCUGAUCUCGAGAAGCUUGGAAAGUGUAAGUUUGAUGGUUUUAUAAAAGAUCUUAACAAGAAAUACCUUGAAGACACUAGACAAUGGUUAUUUGAAAAACUCGACACUUGGUUUAACAAUGAAAGUGAAGAUGCUUCUAAUGUCAUGAUUUUGAUUGCCGGUCCUGGCUUUGGUAAAAGUGUGUUUGCUGCUGAGUUGUGUCGACGAUAUUCUGAAAAGAAGAAACUUGCUGCUUGUCAUUUCUGCAGGUACAAUCGAUCAGAUGAGAGGAAUCCUCGAAUGUUGAUAGAAUCAUUGGCUAGUAGCAUGUGUGAUACAAUAUCAGAUUUUAAAAGUAAAUUGAAUGAAGAAUUAGAGAGAAAACAUUCCUACGAAUCAGUCACCGAUGCAUUCCGUGUUUUAUUAAAUAAUCCAUUGCAUUCAUUUGAAGAUCAUAAACCAAUGCUUUUGGUUAUUGAUGCCUUAGAUGAAAGCCAAGUUGAUGGCAAAAGUGAAUUGUUGGAAUUGAUUGCAGAAGAGUUCGACCGACUGCCUAAAUGGAUUAAAAUCUUCAUCACCAGUCGUGCAGAACUUCCUGUUAAAAAGGAGUUGAAAGAAAUGAAUCCUCUGGAAAUUACAACUAAUCCUCGUGAUGAAAACAACGAAGAAGACCUGCACAAGUAUUUGAAACAUCAGUUGAAUGAUCGUGUGCCGAGAAAUCCCUUCUUUCCUCAGGACGAAGUUCUUCAGUUAUUAGUAAAAAAAUGUGAGGGAUCAUUUCUUUAUGCGUAUUACGCACAACUGAGCUUCAAUAAAAAAAAUAUUGAGCUUACUUGCGAAAACAUUCGACAAUUGGUCCCUAGUGGGUUAAGCGGUGUUUACACAAAGCAAUUUAAAAGAGUAAAAGAAUUGUUAACGAAGGAAAGUCCCAGAAAUUCUGUUAUCUCAGAAACUACUUUCAUGCGAUUUCUUGAAUUGUUGGCUGCCUGUCGGGAGUUUUUACCAUUAACUUUAUUGUUUAGCUAUUUAGGUAUUUCUGGUGACAUCAAGUUUGAAGUCCGCAGUAAAAUCAUUGAACUGUUAUCUCAAAUUUUGCCAGUUUACGAUGAUUUUUUAACCGUGUAUCACAAAUCUCUAAUUGAUUGGUUGAAAUCAGAUGGUUACGAACAGCAUGAGUUUACAGUUGAUCCAAAAAAUGGUCAUAAGUUCUUAUGGCAUGCUUGUGAGAAAGUGUUUAAACACAUCAAGUCGAUGAACAUUUUUGAAGAUCCGAUGAACACUGUUAUGAUUAAAUAUGCUUUGAAGAAUGGAUUCCACCAUAUGAUAGAAUGUGGCGAAAAUGUUGACUUUAGCUGUUCAGUAGAUGUCAAAGUGGUUUAUGCGAGGUUAAUGUGUGUGGAAGACUUACCAUACAAUUUGCAUACCAUUUGGGUUGAAUUGUUUGAAAUCAUUAAGAAACGACAAACCUUCUUGAGAAAAGAUGUACUUGAGGAACUACUAUUUUAUUUGUUUAUGACGAGAAAUCAAUCAUAUACGUAUGAUAAUAGCUUACUUUACUUACAAAGUGUUGCAAACACAAUUCAUGGCAGUAACGAAAAAAGAUUAUUGGCAAGGGAUUUAUUGAAACAAGGAAAGCUUGUUUGGUUUGAGGAUUUAGACUCAACAUAUUUAACAAAUCAUCAUCAUUUGACUGUCUCCUUGCGUGCUAACGUUACAUCUCUUUGUGUGUCGUCCAAUGAAGAACUUCUUGCUGUAGGAUAUGAAAAUGGUCAAAUAUCUAUUUUUGAACUUCCAGAAUUCAAACAACGAUGCACUCUUGGCACUGCACUCGAUGAUUUAAGGUUGAAUAAGUGGUAUGAUGUAGACACAUUUAUGUCCCUGUAUGACAUCUAUGAAUAUCCAAGAGUAAAGAAGUUUUGGUUUGUACGUGGAAGAAUCUGUUGUUGCUCUUUUUCACCUACCGGAAAUAGACUGGUAACUAGUGAUGGAUCUACAGAAGUAAAGUUGUGGGAUGUUAACAAUGGACGUUUGUUAUUAUGUUUACAGUCAGAUGAUGUCGCUAAUCGUUGCUCUUUCUCAGAUUCUGGUUUGUUUAUUACAGCAAGAUAUGAUGGAUAUUAUAUGAAAGCAGUGUUCACUGCAUGGAAUUCAUUAACUUUGCAAAGAAUCGAUCGACGCUGCGUUGUUGAUUACCAAAAACUACAAUGUUGUAAAGCUUUCUGAAAUCACUCAGUUGACAAAAUACAACGAUCAAGGACAAAUCGAGUUUUGUUUACCAAAGGUUAGGUGUCCAUGUUCUCUGAGGACUCUUGAAAAAGUCCAUCCAAUCUCGUUUAAGGAAUUUUACGUUGUGCCGUAUUUUUCCAUGCUUAAAAUUUUCGAAAUUGAUCAUCUUUGGAGACCUUCAUUUAUCUUUGAGGAAUUUGAAAUUAAAUGUUGUUGUUUUUCACCGGAUGGAUCUUUUUUUGCUGCUUUCGCUGUUGGUGACCACGUCAACAUUCAUAUUUGGAGCAUUGAACGUUGCACUAUUAUUCAAACUGUACCAAUGCAACUGGAGGAUGCAUUUGGAUGUUGGUGGUCAGAUGGUUUACUGUGGAUAUGGGAUGGUUCUGAUCAUCUUAUGAAGAUAUUAACUUCGUCUGAAAAUUUUGUAGAUUCUACUCAAGCAAAGCAUGUUAACAUUGGAUUUGAACCUAAGGAAAUCUUAACAUUUGGUGAUGUCUUAGUUUGUAUUGAUGAACUAGAUUUUGUUCAAGUUGUUAGAAUUAACAAGGGUGAGAUACAAUACAACGAAAGACUUCCUGUCCAGAGUUUAGAAUUAAAAGCAGUAGCUGUAACACCUGAUAAUUCUGUUGUUUUAACAGUAAACGAAACAGAAUACACAUUAUGGAAAUGGGGAAAUAACAACAAUGAACUUUGCUUGAAACCUUGGCAUACUGCAGAAAUAUCGAUAACGUGUUUUAUUAAAAAGUUUGUUCGGAAACAGAUAUUUUUAACUCGUCUUAAAAUCCGUUGCUCUAUAAGUGAUAGUAACCAAGCGGUCAUUGCAUUCUUUUUUAAAGACGAGUAUUCCUACUGCAUAACUGGCCUUUAUGUAAUUAAUGUGCAUAAAAACAAUGAUGUGAGUACGAUUUGGCAUUGUAUCGAUGAUGAUUUUUUUUUGUUGACGACAAUCGUAUAUAAAUCGUAUUUUAUGGGAAAAUCAAAUUGGAAAGCAUUGGUUGCUGUAGAUGUGAACAGUGGUAAAAGGUGUGCUGAAUUAUACUCAUCAGAUACUGUAUCUAUUAUAACUAUACAUUCCAACACAGGAACUUUAGCUGUAGUAACAAAUGGUGGAUUUGGAUACAGAGUUAAAUUUUUAAAACUCAAUGUACCUGAAUAAAUCCACAAUUCAACCUUUGUAGUUAUAUUAACCUAUUGUAUUUACUAACAAUACAUAUCACUUAAAACGAACAUAAAAAGUUCUUUAUAUCACAAAAGGACAGUUAUUUAUGGUAUCAACAACAAACUCAAAAUAUUGUAGAAAAAAUUGUCCAUAUCCUUUGUUUUAACCGUGGAAAAACUGUCAGUUUUUAAUCACGGACACAGAGAGAGAGAUUAGUUUUUUGUAAUGUCAAGUAAAGAUCUUUUUCAUCCUAUGAUUCCCGUCAACUUUCAAAUUUAUAUUUGGAGAAUUUAACACUGUAACAUUGUCAAAGUUGUGAUGAAAUUGAGAAUAUCACACGAAGAUGUUGAUUGU